CUCCCGAUCCCUGCGGCGCCGCUCUUUGGGCGGAGUGGGGGAGUUGAGACAAGGACCUGUGCGGGCCCGCUUCGGCCGCUCCGCUGGCCUGGUCUCCUUCGGUGUCUGACUGUGCGUUCAGUCCAGCACCAUGGGGAAGCGGGACAAUCGGGUGGCCUACAUGAAUCCAAUAGCAAUGGCCAGAUCGAGGGGUCCAAUCCAGUCUUCAGGGCCAACCAUCCAAGACUAUCUGAAUCGACCAAGGCCUACCUGGGAAGAAGUGAAAGAACAACUAGAAAAGAAAAAGAAAGGCUCCAAGGCAUUGGCUGAAUUUGAAGAAAAAAUGAAUGAGAACUGGAAGAAAGAAUUAGAAAAACAUAGGGAGAAAUUACUAAGUGGAAGUGAGAGCUCAUCCAAGAAAAGACAGAGAAAGAAAAAAGAAAAGAAGAAAUCUGGUAGGUAUUCAUCUUCUUCUUCAUCAAGCUCUGAUUCUUCCAGCAGUUCUUCAGAUUCUGAAGAUGAGGAUAAAAAACAAGGAAAAAGGAAAAAGAAAAAGAAGAACCGUUCACAUAAAUCUUCUGAAAGCUCCAUGUCAGAAACUGAAUCAGACAGUAAGGAUAGUUUAAAAAGGAAAAAGAAGUCAAAGGAUGCAUCUGAGAAAGAGAAGUGUAAUGUUUUCAAGAUUCAUCCAAGUUGUAGCAAGACAUUAAAGGACUCAGCAAAAAGAGGAAGAUGUAUCCUGAAGAUAAACCUUUAUCAUCUGAGUCCUUAUCAGAAACCGAUUAUAUUGAGGAGGUACGAGCAAAAAAGAAGAAAAGCAGUGAAGAACGAGAAAAAGCAACAGCAAGAAAAAACAAAAAAGAAAAAGAAGCAUAAGAAACACAGUAAGAAAAAGAAAAAGAAGGCUGCUAGUACAAGUCCUGACUCACCAUAACAUUAAGAAAAAUCAGGAUUCCCUUAAAAGAAAGUGCAAUGUCUGAGGAAAUUUCAACUGUGAAAAUUAUGAUAUAUUUACUAAAAUGCAUGAAUUUUAUUGUUUUUAGAAUUAUUCCUGGACUAUUCAGUAGCCACUCAGAUGCCACUGUGUGAAAGGGCUGUAAUAGUUGCCUGCUGCCUGAACAUCUUUUUCUCUUCCAUUGCUUAAUAACUCUGGGAGAUAAUACACAGCAAUUAUACUAGUGGUUGACAUUUGGGAAUAAAGUUAAUAUUUUUGACUAGAAAUAUCUAAUGAUAAGUCAUCAGAAACUCAGUCUGGAUACAUCAUUAAGAUGGAAUCAGAAAUGACCAGGUGAUUCUAGUUAACAUUUUUGAAGUAGGGAUUACAUUGAUAAUUCAAAAUCCUUACUCUGUAGAUAAGUGUAUUUUAAUUUUUUCCCCUUGUAUACUUUUAUUUACCUGGAGAAGGAGCUUUUAGGGUUGGGGGUGGUUUGCUAUUUCUUUAGCCAGCAGAAUAGCGUGCCUUUUAUCCUCACACAUCCUAUUUUUGCAGACACAAUAGCCAUGCUUUAUGGGGAGGUCAGAGCUGGGUAUGACAGUCUUGCUCUUUACUGAGCUUAGUGACAUCCUUGGACUCUGUCAUAUGCUGCUUUGAGUGAACCAGAAAAACCAGCCAUUUUGCAGCAUGAGAAAGCCCCAGAAGCUCUGGGAUUUACCUCCACUUCAAUAAUACUGAAUGAUUCUUAGCAUUAGAAUGUGUUAUAACAUUUGCAUUAAUUUUAACUACACUUUGGCUUUGGAGAGGAGUCAUUUCAAAUAGACACUGGUACUUUUUGAACUUGAUAGCUAAAGAUUCUACAAUGCAUGUUUUAUACUACUAAGUUUUAACCAGUUAGGAAAAUUUUAUGUAACCAGUGAUAGUUACUUUAUUUUUUGUAUGAAUUUUGUUUAGGCUGUAAUGUUUAGCUUUUAUUAACUUUUUAUUCUGCUAUCUUAAAUUCCUUACUGCAUUUAAUGGCAUUCUUGCCAAGAUACUUAGCAUGUGAAAAGCAGGCUGUUUAUUUUAUUAUUAUUAUUUUUUUUUUGUAACAGCUUCAUAUUGAAGCUGCAACUUAACCAUAAAGAAGUUGAGUGGUGGGCCUGGUAUGCUAUGUCUUGUUACAUAAAGCUCUUGCCAGAGUCUUAGUAAAUACAACAUUUUAAAAGUUUGUCUUUGUAUAUUCACAACAAAUUAUGACAAGUUAAAGUUACGUGAGAAUUACAUUAAUUGCUCUUUCUGUGUCCUUUUACUAAGAUUUUGUGCCUCGUAUCUCCUUCUGAAUUAUUUACUAGUAAUAUUAUAAGGAAUUGAUAAAUCAUUUUCACUUUACAUUUUUAUAUAAUCAGGUAACAUGAAAUAUAAUUUGAUGUACAAUUUUGCCUGUUACAGAGAGUAUGCUAAUUAUAGUGGUAUAUGCACAAAACAUUUUGGCAUGACAAGAGGCUGAAUAAAUAGCUAUUUUACUUAAAAAUGCUCCCUUUGAGUCACAAGUAAAGUUAUAAAGAUUAAGAAACAUGACUAGGUGUUAAGUGGUAGGUGGAUAAGACAUGUCCCCAAGUUUUUAGCUGUAAAAAUAACACAUUUCUUGGUACAUUUCCGUGAAUUUUAUCCUUAAGGCUUCAUAUUCUUUCCUAAUAAAGAUAGCAAAACUUUGUCUUGA